AUGCAUGAGCUUUCUGUAUUGUCGCAGUAUAUGCAGCGCGAGGAAGGGCUACUUGUUGACAACCUACAAAAGUGGAGAGCUCUUGUCUACAGCAUAGCAAAACGAGCUCUACUUAAAAAAACCACAAAAAACUUACUUGAGCGAGGAACCAUCGAGGCCUAUGUUAAUGACGAAAUAGAACGUAUCGAUACGGACUUCCUCAACAAAUACCCUAAUAAAGAUGACAGACUCCUUUCAGCAUACAAUCCACGAGCGUUCGCAGAUUUUUCACUCGACCGCUGCUCAGAAGGCGAUGACGAGCGGCAACAACUUCUGGACUGGCAUUUAUUCAGAGACUUGGCUCGCACCACAUCCUACGAAGAAAGCCCACCGGACCUACGCGAUCCCGAACUCACCUUAAGCCUUGAAGAUGCUCCAGAAAGUAGUGAAGGUGACUUAAGGCGCUAUAGUUUAGCAAAACGAUAUGAUAAUUUCGACUGGAACAAUGCUGUACAUUCUUCCAUUACAUGUUUCUACAACGAAAUGAAGCAGGCAUUAGAUGCCCAGCUCGUAAAUAAGCCUCAUCAGUUCAGAAAUAUUGAUCUACUGGCAUUGGAUAAGCACAUUAUACUGGAUGUGAUUGAAUUCAACGGAGAUUUCGAAAACGGGUUUGUUGACUAUGUACCGAACGCAAACUUCUUCAAUAGGGGAUGCCCCAACUGUUUCAUUAUGGAAGGCGACAUACUUGAUUCAAAUCUUCGUCAACAGCAAAUUUUGGAUUCCAUUGAAGUACUUAGCUCUGUAACAUCCCUGACCUCAAGGAUAGCAUGCGUUUCUAUAAUACUAUACUUGCGCCAUAAAAUGCGUUCUCAUCCUCCCAGCAAGCAACGCCGACCCCAAACGCAGUUUUCUGCUGCUAAAAGGCUCUCUAGAGAGGAAAGAAGUAACAUAGAGACGGAGUCUCCACACAACAUCAUGACGGUGCGACGUAAUGGGCCUAGCAUCCUAACAGUCAAACUCCAACAGUUAGCACUCCAAUGGAUGCAUCUUGCACCGGGACUUGGGCUCGAUCCGGGUGUGCCAUCGAAUCUAGCUAGAGAAGGCAGCCUCAUGAAACAGUAA